AUCAUUUCAGUUCGGUUUACGCCUCAGACAUGGAAAGACCAAGAAGCAUGAGCCACUGCACUGAAUCAGGUAUUACCCCUUACCAUGGCAUAACACCCUAUCCGCCAUGCUAUAUGUGCAUGUACGAGAGACACGCCCUAUUCAACAGGCGAUCCUGGGGAUCCGCGGAUCGAUUCUCGGCGUUAGCAGACUCUCAUUUGAAGUACUCUGUCGCGUCUAUGCUCGGUUCUUCGCACGGAUCAGUGAAAAGCGAGCAUCAAGGAUUUUGGGACUCGCCACCUCACCCGCAUUAUGGGAUUGACAACCACUGGCAGGCAUUAGCCGCUAGCCACAGGGAGCGCCUGCACUGUUUUGAACCCAAGGGUUACACUACGACAGAGCCUACGUCUGAGCAAGAAAGUUUAUCAACUCCAGCAGCUUCGGAUUCAAGAAAAUCAGAACCGAGAAAGCGACGAAAGCGUACAAUAUUUACAUCGGAGCAGCUUCGUCGACUCGAAGAAGAAUUCGACAAACAUCAAUACUUGGUCGGAACCGAGAGACAAAAUUUGGCAAAGUCAUUAAAUCUGUCGGAGACACAAGUCAAGAUCUGGUUCCAGAAUCGACGCAUCAAAUGGAGAAAGGACAACCUCCAGCAAUAUCCCGACUACAUGGCAGAGUCUUUAAAAGGACUCUAGGAGAAAGGGGCUGUAAUGGCCGAGUCAAGAGCUAAGGAGAAUGGCACUCUGCGGAUUCGCAGGUUUUCUACCUGUCUUUUAACAGAAGCAAGGGCGUAAGGAGACUAUACUCGAUUUCAGAGUUUGCAUUAAGAACACUAGGAAACAUAAUGACACAGUCUAUCAAGGUUGCCAUUAGAAUACUACGGCAGAAUGGCCGACUCUUAGCAGGCUUCUUCCCAUGAUUGGCCGAGGGGGUGCGCGCUCACCCCCCUGUGUUCGCGCCUGCAUAGAAAUAAAGAAGACUACAAUGAAGUCUCUAAAAUUACUCAAAGAUGGUACUAUAAACACCAGAACUAUAGUCUAGUUUUAGGGUCGCAUUGAGUGCACCGACCCAAACUGGUCUUACCAAAGUGCUGCUGACAUCAGAGAAAAGUGGAGUCUUGUGUAAAGAAAUUUAUUCGAAAAUUCAUUUCAAACAAUAUUUUUACAUAAUAUUGAAGACAGAAAAACUCCUAUUUGAUCAAUGUACAUAUUAAAAAUGAUUCUCAAAAGUAUUCCCAAGAAAAAUGUGAGAAAAUCUGAAAUCCUUCCAUAAAGUGUUUCAUAUUUAGUAAGCUGAUAUGAAAAUGUCACUUUAAAUGUG